GCAAAAAUAUUGGUGGCUUAUCCCCCCGCACAACCUAGGCUCUGUGGCUUGUCUGCGUCGCUCGUUUUUGUGAGCGAAAUAACGUUCCUUGCUUAAUUAAGUCACGUGGACCAUGUCGAUGCCUGAAAGGGGGGGGGAGCUACAUUGGCAACUCCAGACGAAAGGUGGACCGUGAAGUCUUUGUGUCCAAGCCAGCACUGUACAGUCAGUCGGUACUCAUUGACUUGAAGGGUACUCUCACGUCAUCCCUUUUCUCAUUUCACCCUUACCCGCCGUAAACCCGACUUCUGCUGCUUCAACCUCACCUUGUAUCGAUCUCAUCGAGACUCCUCGGCAUGGCGACCAACGGAGCUUCUAAUAACUAUAACAAUUCGCUGAUGCGGUCGGCAUCGCCAAGCGGCAGUACUACAAGCACCAAAAGUGCUUCAGAAGAAUACGCCAACGAUCCUCGAUACAAAAAAUAUGUACAGCUAGUAGAGAAGAAUUUGCAAUUCUUUGAUGCUGUCAACGAAUGGGCCGAUAUCAUUUCAUUUCUUGGCCGUCUGCUACGGUCCUUCCAAGCUUACCCACAGUAUCCUGUUAUACCACGGAAAAUGACGGUUGCCAAGCGUUUGGCGCAAUGUUUAAACCCAGGGUUUCCCGCCGGAGUACACCAAAAGACUUUAGACGUAUAUACUUAUAUAUUUGAGACCAUUGAGCCUAAUCAAUUGGUAGAGGACUUGCCAUUAUGGUCAGCUGGUGUUUUCCCGUUUGUGCAACACGCUGCCACUCACGUUAAGCCUCAACUACUAUCCAUCUUCGAAAAGUACUACUUUAGAUUGGGUCCAGAUUUGAAACCGGCCAUGCGUGGUUUAGUCAUUGCUCUACUGCCGGUGGUGGAAGAGGAAGGAAGUGAAUUUUUUGAUAAGGGCAUCUCUUUAAUCGAUCAAUUGGGGAAGGUUGUGGAGCUUCCCUUUCACAACUCUUGCAUUUGGUUGGUUUUGAUCAACAACGCGUCUCUUAGACUUGCCGCGUUGAAUUAUCUGUUGCGCAGGUUACCCAAGCUCGAUAAUCAGGAAGAUAUAGCAGCUGUGUUAGGUGGAGCGGAGAACAUCAAUUUGAUGGUACGCAGUUUUGCUGCGACCCUCGGUGAUUCCCAUCUUUUGGUGCAGCGAAAUAUGCUGGAACUUUUGGUGCAAAACUUUCGAUUGAACACAAAGGUUCUUUCUCAUAACGAUAGAGUGGUCAUUAUGAAGGCUGCGGCUGGCACGGUUCUUCGCAAGGACAUGUCUCUCAACCGACGCCUGUAUGCAUGGAUACUGGGACCUGAUGAAUCACCUCGAGCCCAGCUUAAUUAUAUGUUGACACAUGCACACCAACCUUUUGUUCAGGCCAUCAAUUCGCUGUUUAUAGAGAGUAUAUCACGCAAACAAGAUAGAGAGGACCUUGCCUUAUACGAUGGUCAGCGACCGUAUCGCAUGCUGGUCUCGCUUAUGGACAAAUGGGAAGUUGGUCAACCGGUGUUGAAUACCAUAUUUCUUGAUGUUGUAAGGUGCCUGAAAAAAGAGUCGCAACUGCCAGAGUUCAAUACUGAGGUGCGGCAUUCGGCCAAUAUGUGGUUGGAUCUAGUGGAUCCCUAUCUGGUUUGGUCCAAAUUGUUUGCAUUGAUGGAUACACGAUACCCUGGAAAAGAGAACGAUAGUAAUCCUGAAUCAAGAUCCUACCAACAAGAAUUGGACGAUCUAUCAUUGAUUCUCUUCUUACUGCAAACGUUCAAAAUGGCUGAUGAGGAAAUUCAACAAAUGCAUAUGCCUCUCUUUCUAGCUGCAGCCGUACGGAAACUGGAGGAGGCAGUCAAGCAACCCAACUUUUCAUUUAUUACUGCCAAGUCUAAUGUGUUAGUCAACAUUAUCUCCACACUAUUACAUCUACUCGCCCCUGGUAUUCUUCAAGACCGUCGACCGUCGAAAUUAAACUUGGAAAGUCCGACAGAGACAGAUUUACAGUCUUCGACGGAGGACUAUAAGACAUUCACUUCUGGAGAAAGCAUCAUCGAGUAUGCUAGAAAUUUCUAUGGACUUCGAAACAAUGCAGGGGAUGCCAGUACUCAGUUGUUCACUGACUUCGUCAACAAUUCAAGUAAAGAAGAUGGUGGUGAUAUGUCUAUGGCCAGCCUUCCCAACUCCAUCUCUGAAUCUACUAUGGCAAUUUACAACACGCCACAGCCAAAAUACGACCCGGUGAGAGGAUCUAUAUUGAUCAACGAGCUCAUUCAUGCCACGGCAUCCUUCAUCACCACUUUCAUCCAAACUUGUGCACUAUCACCUUCUAUGGAAGAACGUGGUGAUAGAGCCAGAAAUGGGAACAAGGCACAUUAUCAUAGUUUAUUCCACAGUGUAUGCGAAAUAUUAGGCCACCUUAUGGCAAGGGCAAACAUCAAGCCCAUCGAUAUCAAAGACUGUAUGGAAGCCCUUUUCAAAUGCAGCUCAGACGGUCCAGAUUUCACCUUUGUGUCGUCAAGCCUAAACACGUUACUACAAGUUGCCGAUUCACCGAGCUAUAUCAAGGCUUCUCCUUGGCACCCCAAACUCGUUAAAGCCAUUGUGGACAAUCUCUGGAAUUACCUGUCAGCGGAUUCCCCUUUCUGUCACAACCGAACGGUCCAGCUAAUUUGGCAGACCACAGAACAAACACGGUCACACCUCGUUGAAUCUAUCGUUAGCUCCUAUUUAGUAGACCCCGAUCUUUCCAAGCGUACGGACGCAUAUGCUCGAUUUGGAUUGUUUUGGAGAUUGUCCGACGACGACAAGAUUUCGGUUGUGUUUGCGAAACCAAUGUUCAUCAUGUUGGAUUUAAUCAAACGUCGUUCCACCGUGGCUGAACGUAGAGCUGGUGAAACCUUCAUCCGAUGUCAUUUACGGAGCUAUACCCGUUUAUUGGAACCUAUCAUCAUGGGUCUGCUAGAAAAGCGCAUUGUCUGGCGACCAGCUACGUUUACCGUCACCGCCAAGGCAGAGCAAGACGAAGAAAAAUACAAUAUUACCUAUUUCCAAUAUGCUCGUCCCUUCGACUGGGAUAUUUCAGACUAUAUGUUCGAGACGUUGAUGGACAUUGUUAAAUUCGGAGGACUCGGUGCGCUCCGAUCGUUUGCCAGUUAUCAUAUCCUGGCACCCAGCCAUGUCAGCGACGCGUUUUUGGAAAAGUUAUCGAUCAGUACUCUGGAGUCGGUCACACAUGACACGGAUGUCGAUAUCACCUACUUGGACGCUCUGAUUGCCAUCAGCUUGCGAUACCUUCAAAGUGAGCCAGUAGAUAAUUUGUCCCCCAACGCCAAAAUCGUCAAUAAUAGCAUUCAAGGCCAUGCUGCCGAGCUUUUAUUGGAAAUUGUCACUACUGUUGACUUCAUUGAUAUUGAUACGGUAGCCACUAUACACCAGACAUGUUUGCAAAAGCUGUUGUUUUGUAUACACACGGGAAAACUCGACCCGCAAACGCGACUAUUGCAUAUUGUUCACAGCACGCUGUCCAUACUUGCCACCUAUGUUUCAUCCGCCGCCAAAGGCACCGUAGCCAAUGCGGAAAAGUCGCUCCGGAGAAAGCUGCAGGUGGAUAGCGUUUUGACAGAUCCCAUGGGACAGUUUGAUGGUUCUUCGGCUUCACGGAACGUCACAGGUGCAACAGCCGCCACCCCGAUGGCAACGUCGAAGGAAAAAUCUAAUUUUGAUGGCGAUGUAAUUUUCAGUACUUCCGGUUUGUUUAUCAGAUGUGUGACAGACGCAUUCUCCACCUUGUCAAACCGACCGGUGUUACAACACUGGAUGGACUUUUGGCUCACCUCCUUGCCCAACCUUCGUGGUUAUUUUCGGGACAUUAUUUUACCACUCCUCAUCUCCAUAUGCGACCAAACCACCAUCUGUCGGAACCAAUUUGAGAGAUUGAUACGACAACGGCUUGCAUCUUCCGUUACAGAUAGAUCCGAUGUACUGGACACCAUUGAAUUGCCCGACAGCUAUAUUCUGAUAUUCCUCAAUGGCAUUGAGAAAAUGAUGAUGUUUUGCCUGAUGGAUAAGAAUGUGUCCAAUGCUUGGGUACCGGGUCAUAAGAGAACAGCAUCCGCCUCCAGCACGGCUACAACCGCAUCUGCCAAUGCUCAAAAAACCCAUGAUACAUCCGCCUUGCGUGGAUUUGCCCUAUUACUUUACGGAGACGAUGCAGCUCAUACCAAGGACCAGCCACAUGAGGAAAGGAAGGGUCGCGACACGAUAUUGUUCCAUCUACCCACCAUUCUUCAAGUUCUUGUCGAUGUCUGGGAUACAUUUGAUACAAAUAAGGUGGACGUGGAUAAUAGUGAACCAUCCACCUUGGGAUACCUUGCUUCAUGUCAACGCGUUCAUACGCGGUUGGAGAAGACAUUGGAGCGAUUGUACCGCAGCCACAGUAUCGAUACCGUUGAAGCUUGUGUUGAGCUAUUCUUCAUGUCAAAUCCUGCAGCGUUAGAAUUCGAGAUGUCGGCGGAUCAGAAGAUAUCCACCAUCGUUUUCGAUUUCAUGCUGUCAGCACCUUCAGGUAAACCACAGCAUGUGGUGCCUCUUCUUUUCGAUGGUAUCAGAGCACGGUCAAGCGGCAUGUACCUUAGUCGGCCCCGAGUUAUUUUGAGGACGGGAAAAUUAACGGAUACUUCGCUGAUGCGAUUCGCUGAGAUUUAUUGCGAUACGCUGGUUACCUCAGAAGAACUGGCUAGUAUGUGGCAGUUGAUACAGACGUUUUCCAAGGACUAUUUGUCACAAACUUCGGCGACCAUGAAGAUGUUUAUUCCUACACUUUUGCGAUUCUUGACCACCGUUCAGGAGAAACUGUACGAUGGCACGGUUGCAGAGGAUCGAAGAGUGCGUAAGGAGGCUCAGGACGUCUAUCAACGAGUCAUUGAUUACUGUAUCUUAAUCGCCGGACGAUCAUUUGAUCAAGGCAUCUGGCUACGACGUACCAAUGUUUAUGAGCGGGAAGAGCAUGCAGCUUCCUCUGACAAAAUUUCACUGAAUGACGCAACAGCAACGGAAAUGGGCCGUUCGGUGUCCGGUAGUACGGUCAGCGACCUUGAGAAGCGAACAGGCUGGAAAGCACGAGAAGAUACCAUGAUUGAACAGAUCAACUUGUAUAUAGCAAAUAUUGUCAUUCCCAAACUCAAGCACUUGAUUGUUGACCAGGACAGAAUUAACUCUCUCCUCAAUAACCUUGUAUAUUAUGUCAUUGGCCCUGUUCUCAAAACAAAACCGAGUUUGAGCAAGGUGGUUGUUUUCAUCGAUCAGAUAUAUGAAAUGGCGAAGCUACCAUUUACCUACCGAACUUGGCGAAAGGAAGUAUGGGAAAUGUUCCUGGAUAGUCGAUUUUUUUACAUGAGCGCAGCGACGUGUCAAAAAUGGAGAACCAUCAUCCAAGCCAUUAUGACGGCUGAGAAGGAAAGAUUUGUCGAAGUUGCCAAUCGAAUCUCCACCUCGCCGUCCACUGCUUUGUUCUCCAACCGUGAACAAGAAUCUCUUGCUAGAGCUCUCAACUUGCGCCGUCUGACCUUUAUCAUCUUUUCUGGUACCAAUGACCAAUUCAUCUCUCAGCUUCCCAUCAUACAAGAAAAGUUGGUCGAAUUACUCAAAUUGGACCAUAACGAACUCAUUCACGUAGAAAUUUAUUUGUGCUUACGGGUCAUUAUCACUCGAUUCUCGCAGCGACACUUGACUAAUUUUUGGCCGGUCAUUCUUACUGAGAUGAUGCGUUUGUUCAACUCAUUCUUAGGCAAUGACAUGACAGCCAAGCCUGAAGAAGCUCAAAUCGCCCUAGCUGGUUGCAAGUUUUUGGAUCUACUUUGCACCUUGGAAACCGAAUCCUUCCAAAUAUACCAAUGGAUUUUCAUAGUUGACGACAUAGAUGCUUUGCUGCAAAAGAAGUCUCAUCCUUCCACCAUCAUUGAGCGAUUUGCUUCCAAACUAGCCUCAUCCGCCACUGGGAUAGACAACUACGCUGAACAAGCCCUUACAUCUAAUCCAUCCAUCGAUACCUCUAACGGCGAAAGAAAGCGCCCAAUGUUGACGAUGCGUAAUAUAGGCAGUGUGCACCAACUAGAAUUCUUUGUAAACCAUAUUAGUCUAUACGUCUACCAAGCCAAUCUCUCCCUUGCACCACCCGAUAUUGCCUUCAUUGAAGGUUUGUUACAAAACGAUCUUCUCGAAGGUGAUAUGGAUUGAGAGAUUUGGGGAAAAAAUAAACAGUCAUUUUACCAUUUUCAAAGA